AUGAUGAUGCAAGUGGAGGGUGAGCAGCAACACGAUGCUGCGAACCUGAACGCGGACGACACGACUAAUCCGGCUCUGCUGAAUGGUGCGGAGCAUCAGAACGAGAACAUGGGAGGAGGAGGCUUCUACCGUGGAGCGGGAUAUCGUGGAGGUAGAGGAGGUUAUCGAGGAGGCGGCGGCGGGUUCGGUGUGGAUGGCGAGAGACCGUCAUUCCGAGGAGGACGGGGUGGGGGCCGUGGUCGUCAAUUCGACCGUCUCAGUGGCUCGGACAAGACCGGCGUGAAACCGAACGAGAAACGCGACGGCUACGGAAAGGGCAACUGGGGCACCGACCAGGACGAGCUGAUGGGAGAGACGGAACAGCUGAAUACGACACCUCCAGUUGAAGGUUGGUUACUUUUUGAUUGGUUCUGA